UGAAGGAGGUCCUUUGCUGCCUGUGAAAACACGGUGGCUGGGCAGAAAGCAUUUUAGCUACAUCUCUGGUGCUCCCAGCCUGACCUUCAUGCCUGUAUGAAUGUCGUUGUUGUGCAAAAGGCAGUGGGACGUGCAGCUUGAGGGACUCCAGUGUAAGUCAGACCAUCCAGCAACUUGUCAGCUCUGGUACAGCAAGGCUUUCCUGUAGAAAAAUGCGCAUGAGCAGCCAGGGCAGAUUUAAGGACUGCCUUCAGCAACAGAUGUUAGAUGUCGCGCUGUAGUAGCAGUUGUUGAAAAAAUUGCUGAAAAAAUUGGAUUGGUUUUAAGUCGACUGAAACUAAGCUCACACUCCAGUGCAUCAGCUGCCUGCUUCAAGCCUAACUUGAUAUUACCAGGAUCUAAACACUCCUAAUGCAAAAAUGAUUUGGCAACUAACAUCUUACUGGACAUCCCUGGUCACAUCCGUGAUUUUCAGCCUGCUUCUUCAGCCACCACUGGCACAGCUUUCCAUCAUCACGCAGCCAAACUUUGUCCUGUUGAUGGCUGAUGAUCUUGGCAUAGGGGAUGUAGGUUGCUAUGGGAAUAACACUAUCCGGACCCCGAACAUCGAUCGCCUAGCAAAGGAAGGAGUGAAACUGACCCAACACAUCGCUGCAGCUCCACUUUGCACACCAAGCAGAGCAGCUUUCCUCACUGGCAGAUAUCCUCUCCGAUCAGGAAUGGAUGCAGUAAACAAUUAUCGCGUUAUUUUUUGGAAUGGUGGCUCAGGAGGGCUCCCUCCAAAUGAAACUACUUUUGCCAAAAUUCUGCAGCAACAAGGCUACAGCACAGGACUAAUAGGGAAGUGGCAUCAAGGUGUUAACUGUGAAUCCCGCAACGACUAUUGUCAUCACCCUUUGAACCAUGGGUUUGAUUAUUUUUAUGGGAUGCCUUUUACUCUAAUAAGCGACUGCCAAACAACAGAAGCACCAGAGAUGGACAGAGUCUUCAGAAGAAAACUCUGGCUUUACACUCAGAUGAUUUGCCUUUUUACACUCACUGCUGCCCUAGGGAGAAUCACCGGCUUGAUUCCAGUACACUGGAAAACUCUGACCUGCCUUGCUGGGUUUACUCUCCUGUUCUUUUUGUCCUGGUUCUCAAGCUACGGAUUUGUGAGAUACUGGAACUGCAUCAUGAUGAGAAACCAUGAAAUUACUGAGCAGCCAAUGGUGACAGAAAGGACUACAUCCCUUAUCUUGAGAGAGUCCAUUUCAUUUAUUGAAAGAAAUAAGCACAAGCCGUUCCUCCUCUUUCUUUCCUUUUUACACUCCCACACCCCUCUCCUCACCACAGAGAAGUUUCUUGGGAAGAGCAGCCAUGGUUUGUAUGGAGACAAUGUUGAGGAGAUGGACUGGAUGGUGGGGCAGGUUCUAGAUGCUAUUGACAAGGAAGGGUUGAAAAGUACUACACUCAUUUACUUUGCCUCUGAUCAUGGUGGAUGGCUGGAAAGACAAGAAGAUACAAGGCAGCUGGGUGGCUGGAAUGGAAUAUACAGAGGUGGAAAAGCUAUGGGAGGCUGGGAAGGAGGAAUCCGUGUCCCAGGGAUACUUAGAUGGCCAGGAGUGUUACCUGCAGGCACAGUUAUCAAUGAACCUACAAGCCUAAUGGACAUUUACCCCACAGUAACUCAUCUGGCUGGAGGGGUAGUACCACAGGACAGGGUAAUUGAUGGCCGGGAUCUGAUGCCUUUACUGCAAGGAAGAGUUGAGCACUCAGAGCAUGAGUUCCUGUUUCAUUACUGUGGCGUUCACUUACAUGCUGUGCGGUGGCACCAGAAGGACAGUGGAGCCAUCUGGAAGGCUCAUUAUGUGACCCCAGACUUCCAUCCACUUGGGGCUGGAGCUUGUUACGACAGAGGAUUUUGUCCGUGUUUUGGGGAAGGCGUGACCCAUCAUGAGCCUCCGUUGCUGUUUGACCUCUCACAAGACCCUUCUGAAGCCAAACCUCUGUCAGCCGACACCGAGCCCCUCUUUGACACUGUGAUAGAGAGGAUUGGGAGAGCCAUAGAAGAGCACUGCAGGACACUGACUCCAGUACCAGAGCAGCUCUCCCUGUACAACGUCAUCUGGAAGCCAUGGCUGCAGCCCUGCUGUGGGACAUUCCCUUUCUGUUGGUGUGAUAAGGAAGGUGAUAGUGAACUUGCUGACCUAUAAAGAAAAAAAAAAAAAAGAAAAAAAAGUUCCCAAAGUUUUCAGGUCAUAUAUGUUUUCUAUGGGUGUGUUUAUUGGUGAGUUGUUUAUUUUGUUUUGUUUCAUGUUGUUUUUAAUGAAGCCUUUAUUUGAGAAUUGCUCCAGUGAAUGGCACAGUAUUUGGUAAAAGUGGCUUUAAGAUGGAUGUUCUCAGGGAAGGAUAAAGACAGUAUGAUCUCAACGGCAUGUUUUAACUUGUACCUGCUGACAACUGAAUGAAUAGUUCAAAUGCACUGAAACAGGCCAAAGUUAUAGCUGUACCAGUAAUUCUAUGACUUAUCUUUUGUUGUUUAUGAAUGUACAUUUAGAAGCUUAGUUUUCUUUUUUGUUCUGAAUUUCUAAGUCAUUCUGGGACUGAAGUGUCCCUUAAUUUUUUGUACUUACUUGCGAUGCAUAGCAGGCUCUUAUUAAAUAUUUUUGCAGACUA